AUGGGGCAGCUUCGGGGAAGAAGACUCCUCAGAACAAUGCCCGGGAGAGGACCCGGGUCCGUACCCUUCGGGAGGCCUUCCUGA